AUGGCUGCUGAAUUUAAUGUAACAUAUAUAACUCUUGAAGGGCACGUGAGAGUGGAAAAAUACAGGUACUUUUAUUUUAUGAUCAUGCUUUUUGCGUAUAUUCUGAUAAUUUGCUGCAAUGCCACCAUUGUGUGUCUUAUCGUGAUUCACCUAAACCUCCAUGAGCCUAUGUACAUAUUCAUUGCAGCUCUGUUACUGAACUCUGUUCUGCUCAGCACUGUUAUCUAUCCCAAGCUUUUGAUUGACUUUUUAUCCGAAAAACAGAUCAUAUCAUAUUCCGCCUGUCUCUUUCAGUGUUUUCUAUAUUAUUCUUUAAGUUCUUCAGAAUUCUUACUCUUGUCAGUCAUGGCCUACGAUAGGUAUGUGUCUAUAUGUAAACCUAUGGAAUAUCCAACUAUUAUGACGAGAACUACUGUUGGUAUUUUGCUGGUUGUGGCUUGGAUUCUUCCUGCUUGUCAGACUGCAGUUCCAGUUGUGGGGAAUAUCGACAACAGACUAUGUACUCUUGCUUUGAAAGGGAUUUUUUGCAACAAUUCAGUCAACCAUCUUUACUGUGUGACUUCAAGAGCAUUGUCUAUUUAUGGUAUAGUUGUUCUAGUGAAUCUUGUAUUUUUUCCCAUGUUUUUCAUACUGUUUACAUACACAAAGAUACUGAUAAUAUCCUUCAGAAGUGGAGAGGUCAGGAAGAAAGCUGCACAGACCUGUAUGCCUCACUUGCUGGUUCUAAUCAACUAUUCAUGUUUGAUCACGUAUGACGUCAUUAUUGUUAAACUGGAAUCAGAUUUUCCAAAAGUUGCCCGUUUUGUAAUGACUAUGCAAAUAAUAAUAUAUAAUCCUAUUUUAAAUCCAAUCAUAUAUGGCCUGAAAAUGAAAGAAAUUUCCAAACACCUCAAAUGUCUGUUGUCUCAGGUCAAAGUGAAUUAA